UCAAAAGCGCAAAAAUUCACCCAAAAUACAUUAAAAAACAAACCACACCAAACUGAAAUAAAUCCAAAAAAAAUUGAUUCUCUUUUCACCCGCACAAGCAAGAAUCAACCAUGUCUAAAGAUCAGAGCAAACCCCAACAGAAUCUUCCCAUUCAAGUCACUGAUGCGCUGAUCUUCGAUGAUGCCUUCUCCUACAUGAAGGAGAGGUUCGCAGCGCACAUGAAGCAAAUUGAUGAAGAGAUGACGAAAAUCAGCAAAAGUCUUCAAGAUCAGUUCACUAAAGCUCAAUCGGGCACUAACACUUCUAAACGACCUCUUAGCCUGGACUUUCUCUCAAACUCACCGCUAGUCGAAGGAGAAGGCGAGAAUAAAAAACUGAAGCUGCAGUACGACGUCAGCCAAUUUGAUCCAUCUGAGGUGACCGUUACCAUUCAAGACAGCAAGCUGACAGUAUCAGCGACCCAUGAGGAGAAAACUGACGACAGCAUCACAGUGAGGCAGUACCACAGGGAGUUCCAUUUCCCUCAAGGAAUCGACCCUAAGACCAUCGUGUCCUCUUUGUCUAAGGACGGUGUACUUAUAAUCGAAGCGCCUUUACCGACCAGCACCGAAAAAUCUUUGGCCAAAUAAAUUUUUGAUUUUCAA